CAGUUGAUUCUUUGGGAAGGUAUUGUCAUGCAUAUAAAGGACGCGUAAAAUAUUCCCCCAGAGCGCAGCGCAGGGCAGAGACUCACACGGACCGCACGGAGGAGAACACAGGCAGGGCCACACGGUGGAUUUCUAUCGUUUUCGUCGCCACGGACCCGUCCAUCUGUCACAGACACCCUGGCCACUGGAGCAGCGACAUAAAGCCGGGACGCGAAGCCAGGAAACAGGUGGGACCGUUUAAGGAAAACCUGCGGGGACCCAACACCGAGGAGGAGGCUUCCCUGUGGAUAGUGGACAUCUCCAUCCCCUGCCUUAGGCUACCUGCUGCUGCUACAGAGGGGAAACUAUAUCUACAGGCUCCUGGACCUCUUGAGAGCCCCCUUUUAAUGUUUUAGGGAUUUUAGGAUCUCUCAAAUAUUAACUUUUUUUUGCACACCGAGUGUGUUAUUUCCUCUAUUGUCCUUUUUGGGAUAUAUACAUUAAUUCCCCCUCCUUUAUUAGUUCUUAAAAGUGCCUUAAUAACUGGCUACAAUCCAGUGCGUAACUGUGGAAUUGUUACCAGACCAUAGACGCUCACCAGGGAGAAGAAGACAUCAUCGUCAUCAUCAUCAUUAUUAUUAUUAUCAUCAUCAGCUUUAGUGUCCAGCGCAGGAUUACUGGUUCGCCACCAUUCAGCGAGCUGCAACCAUGAGCCAGGGGGAUGUGUCGACUUGCUCCGCGCCGCAGAGGGUUUUCCAGGAGGCGGUAAAGAAGGGCAACACCAAGGAGCUGCACUCGUUGCUGCAGAACAUGACAAACUGCGAGUUCAACGUCAACUCCUUUGGGCCGGAGGGACAAACGGCCCUCCACCAGUCCGUCAUAGACGGGAACCUGGAGCUGGUAAAACUGCUGGUGAAGUUUGGCGCAGAUAUACGACUGGCCAACAGGGAAGGGUGGAGCGCUUUACACAUCGCUGCCUUCGGGGGCCACCAAGACAUUGUGCUAUACCUCAUCACCAAGGCCAAGUACUCAUCUGGCGCCCGGUGAUCUGUCUCUGCUGUCAGGUAAAAAAAAGAAAGAAAA